CAUUCUGGUUUUUCUUCUCCGGCAGCCUUGAAAGCAAAUAUCAAGGGCAGAGUCAGAGCAAAGACGAGAUGCAUCGUCCCAUUUUUGGGCAUUCUUUUGCCGUGCUCGUGGCACCCAUCCUUCUCUCCGUGCUCGCGUUCAAAUUUCUCAAUAAGAAGAAAGCUGGCGUGCGUGGAAAUGCAAAAGAUGCUGAAUCUGGCGCAUCCGGUUCGUCAACUGCGCCGACGGAAGCUAAUUCCAGUGGAUCUAGUUCGUUCACCGCACCAACUAGAAAUCACUAUGAGGUAUUCUUGAGUUUUAGGGGACUAGAUACUCGAAAAGGAUUCAUCGAUCACCUCUACAAUGGGCUCAUUGAUGCUGGAAUUCAUGCUUUCAAAGACGAUAAUGAGCUCCGCCAAGGCGAGAAGAUCGGACCAGAUCUUUUGGCAGCCAUCAAGAACAGUAAGAUCCUAAUCCCCAUUCUCUCUGUAAAUUAUGGUGAGAGCAGUUGGUGCCUAGAUGAACUGGUUCAAAUAAUGGAGUGCAAAAAUAAUAGCACGGGGCAUAUAGUGUUGCCCAUAUUCUACAAAGUGAAAGUAUCUCACGUGCGACAUCAAAUCGGGAGUUUUGGAAAGACAUUUCGGGAGCGUGAAAGCCGUUUGCGCGAGAGGGGCUUCGACCCUACGAUUUUGGAGAAGUGGAAGCAAGCACUCACUGAAGUCAGUUCCUUGAAAGGAUUGAACGCCGAUGGGUAUGAAGGAGAAUUGGUAAAAUCGGUUGUCCGAAAAGUCUUGAACGAGUUGAAGAAAGAGUUUGAGUUGGUUAUUUCUGAGAAUCUGGUUGGAAUCGAUAGACAUAUCGAGAAGGUUAUGGAAUUUGUCAAUAACAAUUCUCGUGCCACCCUAUUUGUGGGCAUCCACGGAAUGGGAGGUAUUGGUAAGACAACUCUUGCUAAAACCAUCUACAACAAGCUCUCCAACAAAUUUGAGCAUCGUAGCUUCAUUGCUGACAUUAGGGAAUCAUGUAAGCGCAAUGGCCUUGAAUACUUGCAAAAUCAAUUAAUCUCUGAUAUAUUGAAGCAUAGUAAUCAAGUUUCUAAUAGGGAUGAGGGGAUUAGGUUUAUCUCAUCCAAGUUUGAAGGUAACAAAGUCCUAAUUCUUCUUGACGAUAUGGAUGAUGAUGAUCAGUUGAUGGCUUUGGCUGGAAAUCACAAUUGGUUUUCUUCGGGAAGCAUAAUCAUUAUUACCACCAGAAACAAGAGUAUUCUUGACAAUGCCGAGGUGGACUGCAACUAUGAACUUGAUGAAAUGGAUAAGGAUAUAUCUUCGAUUUUGUUUAGUAGACAUGCAUUUAGAAAUGAUGUUCCUCCAAGUGAAUUUGAGGUCCUCACUCGUGAUGUUGUAUCCGCCACUGGAGGGCUUCCCUUAUCUUUGGAGGUUUUGGGUUCAUUUCUACACGAUAAAAAGCCAAACAUAUGGAGAGAUACAAUAAAAAAAUUAAGAAAGGUCCCUCAUAAGAAAGUGCAAGAAAAGCUAAAAAUAAGCUAUGAUGCACUAGAGUAUGGACAACAACAAAUAUUUUUGGAUAUUGCUUGUUUUGUCAUUGGCACUGAUGGGAGAAUCGCAUCUUACAUGUGGGACGCUUGUGACUUCUUUCCAAAUGAGGGAAUUGAAGUAUUGAGAUUGAUGUCAUUAAUAAAAGUUGGAGAUGAUCAUGAGCUUAAAAUGCAUGACCAAUUGAGAGAUCUUGGUAGAGAUAUCGUCUGCAAGGAAAACGAGAGAGAGCCUCAAUACCGUAGCAGGUUAUGGGACACCGAGGAAGUUAUGAAAGUGCUAAAGAGAAAUAAGGGAACUGAGAAGAUUGAGGCCAUUUAUCUUAGCUUUGACGCUACAGCUGGCUUAGGUGGCAAUAUACAUGCAGACGAACAAUUCAAGAAUUUAAGGAGACUAAGGUUCCUUCAUGUGAGUGGAGCACAUUUAAGUGGAGAUUUUAAGAACUCAAUUGAGGAGCUAAGAUGGCUUCAAUGGCACAAUUGUCCCCUUACUUUCGAAGCGAAGAAUUUUUAUGUGAGGGAAUUAGUUGCACUCGAAUUUUCAGGAAGCCUGAUUUCAAAUAAUUGGCAAGGAUGGAGCUUCGUCAUGACGGCAAAGAAGCUAAAAUUUCUUGACCUUACAUCUUGUGGAUCUUUAGAAGGAACUUUCUUUCUCUCAGCUUUUAAGAAUUUAGAGGUUCUGAUACUUGAAAAUUGUUCAAGACUGGAGCAAAUUGACUCUUCAAUUGAAGACAUGAAGAGCCUGGUACGCUUGGACUUGGCGAGAUGCGAGAUGCUCAAGGAGCUGCCAAACGGCAUAGGAGCUUUGCAGAAUCUAGAAAUUCUGAAUAUAAGUGGCACCAAGAUAAAAGAACUACCAGACGGCAUAGGAGCUUUAAAGAAUCUAGAAAUUCUGAAUAUUAGUAGCACUGAGAUAAGAGAAAUAUCAGAGAGCAUAGGAGCUUUGCAGAAUCUAGAAAUUCUGAAUAUUAGUAGCACCGAGAUAAAAGAAUUACCAGACAGUAUAGGAAAUUUGAAGAAUCUAGAAAUUUUGGAUAUUGGUGGCACCGGAAUGAAAGAAUUACCCAAUGGUAUUGGAAGGUUGAAAAAGCUCCGAAAGUUAAAUACUUGGCAGUGUAGGGAACUCCAAUCGCUACCGGUUCUUCCUUCGAGCUUAAUAUACUUGAAUGUCACCUGUCAAAGUUUCAAAUUAUCGUCACUUUUUCACAUAACCAAUCUCAAGGAACUAGAUCUUUUGUACUGCGGAGUUCUCGAUUGCAUCUCGGAGCUUCCAUCAUCACUAUCAGAGCUUUCAGAAUGCUCCCAACAAGCAGAUGUUGAAGAAUUAGAUUUGCAAAAAUCCCCAAACACUCCUUUUAAGUUGGAAAUAUUGAAAAUCCAUGGCGGCAAGUUUAGGGAAAUACUAGACGUUUCACAAUUAAACCAUCUAAGGAACUUGUUUGUCGCAUCUUGCACUAACAUACUUGAAGUCCGAGGUCUCGACAGAUUGAAAUAUUUGGAAAGCUUGGAUAUCUUUGAUUGCACUUCAAUUGAAAGGUUGGACCUUUCAAAAUCUGAGAGUAUAAAAAAGUUACGUUUUGAAAUUUGCGAAAAUUUGGUUGAAAUUCAAGGUCUCUAUAUGUUGGAGUUGUUGGAAGAGCUAUCUAUCAAAAAGUGUGUUUCAAUUGAGAGGCUGGACCUUCCAAAAUCCGAAGGUCUGAAGAUAGUCAACGCUCAAUAUUGCGAAAACUUGGUUGAAAUUCAAGGCCUCUAUAGGUUGGAGUCUUUGGAAGAGAUAAAGAUCUAUGGGUGCGCUUCAAUUCAGAGGCUGGACCUUUCAGAAUCCAAGGGUUUGAAGAAGUUAUCUGUUGGAUGUUGCAAAAACUUACUUGAAAUUGAAGGUCUCGAUAGGUUGGAGUUCUUGAAAGAGUUAAAUAUGUUUGGGUGCGCUUCCUUUGGAAGGUUACCAGAUUUAUGUUGCUUUGACAACUUGCAUAAGUUGGCAAUCAACUGUAGUGACAACCUUCAUGAUAUUCAGAGCCUCGAGAAAUUCCCAUCCUGCACAAGUUUAUGGAUUGAGGAUUACAAGUCCUUAGCAAAAUUCCCAAACUUGUCAAAUAUUCAUAAUUUAAGGGAAUUGUUGCUGUAUUGUCAUGAACUUAGGGAGAUCCCAGGGCUUGAGAAGUCAACAUCUCUAGAAUAUAUUACUAUUUCAGGAUGUUCUUCAAUCGAGAUCUUACCUGAUUUGUCAUCAUGUACCAACUUGAGGAGUCUGGUUGUGCAAAAUUGCGAGAAACUGACUGAGCUUCGAGGGCUGGAGAAAUUGGAGCAACUGGGGGUAUUGGACAUUUCUGGAUGCAAGUCACUCAAAACAAUACCAGAAUUAUCUGGAACGCAUAUUUUUCGAAAUUAUGAGAGGAGGCGAUUUGCCCCAUAUGAUCCAAGGACAGAAUUUUGA